CUAUUCUUUACAUUCUUAUAUGAUAGCACAUUAAAGUUGACAUUAAUAUAACUAUAGUAUAAUAUAAGGUAAGUACCAUCAUAAAAAAAACUAGUUUUUCUUUAUAAUAUAGUAAGAAAGAGAUAGAAGAAUGUGAAGUUAAAUAGAAAUGAUAUUGUAAUAUAGUCUUGUCUUCUCUCCCUCUCAUUGAUUUUCCUUCUCUGCAAAAAUGAAUGUAUCAAACAUAAUUUCUUGUUUCAAUGAGAAUGCAGUGAAUGUGUCACAUUCCUCAUCAUCAUGUUCUAGCUAUUCAAACAAAUCUUGUAUAUCUCAAAAUCUCACACCUUCAACACAAAACUCAGUUUCAUCGAUCUACAAAGCAAUCCUCUCCACCAAAAAACAGAUGUUGAUCACAGUUACUUGGAGUAAAAGCCACUCAAAUCAAGGACUCACAAUAAUCUUCAAUGAAGAAGAAGAUCCACUAGCUGCAAGAGUUUUCAGACUCAACACAAACUCAAGGCUUUUCAGAAAGAAAAAAGGAAGCAAGUUGGUUGAAGUGGAACAUAUUCAUCAUGGUUCAAAAGUUGAAGUCUUUUGGGAUCUUUCAAAUGCAAAAUAUGAAACUAGUCCUGAACCUGUUGAUGGAUAUUAUGUUACAGUUCUAGUCGAUUCAGAAUUUGGUCUUAUCUUAGGUGACAAAGUUGAAGAAAACUUAACAAAGAAGCUGAGAAAAAGAACUUUCUUAGGCAAAGUUUCACUUUUUUCAAGAAGUGAGUAUUUUUCAGGUAACACAGUUCAUUACACAACUAAAACUAAGUUCUGUGAAAGUGGAACAUUUCAUGAUAUUUUGAUUAAAUACAAUGGUGAAAAUGAAGGGUUUAAAUCACCUGUUUUGAAUGUUUACAUUGAUAAGAAGAUUGUGAUAUGUGUGAAGAGGUUGAAGUGGAAUUUUAGAGGGAAUGAAACAAUUUUUGUAGAUGGAUUGUGUGUGGAUUUUCUUUGGGAUGUUCAUAAUUGGUUUUUCAAAGGUGUUUCUGGUUAUGCUGUGUUUAUGUUUAGGACUAGGAGUGGUUUGGAUAAUAGAUUAUGGUUAGAGGAAAAAUUGGAUGUGAAAGAUAAAAAUAGAGAUGAGUUUUCUUUGUUGAUCUAUGCUUGUAAAACUCCAUAAAAAAACCUCAUUGUUCAUCUUUGUUUUUUCUUUA